AUGCUUAUGGUGUUUAUGGUGUUCAUGCUUAUGGUGUUUAUAGUGUUCAUGCUUAUGGUGUUUAUAGUGUUCAUGCUUAUGGUGUUUAUGGUGUUCAUGCUUAUGGUGUUUAUAGUGUUCAUGCUUAUGGUGUUUAUGGUGUUCAUGCUUAUGGUGUUUAUGGUGUUCAUGCUUAUGGUGUUUAUGGUGUUCAUGCUUAUGGUGUUUAUAGUGUUCAUGCUUAUGGUGUUUAUGGUGUUCAUGCUUAUGGUGUUCAUGGUGUGCAUGCUUCUGGUGUUCAUGUUUAUGGUGUUGAUGCUUAUGGUGUUCAUACUUAUGGUGUUCAUGGUGUUCAUGCUUCUGGUGUUCAUAUUUACAGUGUUCAUGCUUAUGGGAGUGUUUAUGCUUCUGUUUCCUCUUGGCUUCAACAUGUUCUGUAUAAUUUACACCAUUGGAACCAUCUGCUCUCUGGGCAGUCUGAUAUUCUUGACCACACACCCUGAGGGGAUGCAUGAAUAUAUUAAUAUCGAGGUCGAAAAAAAAGUGACAUCUGCCGUGAAUGGGGCGUCCGCACUGGUGAAGAAAGUGUUGGCUAAUGUCCAUCUGGAUGAUGCUACGUGGCAGACAUACAUCGAACGCUUUAACGAAGAGAAGGGCAGUCUCGCUCAGGUUUUAUGUGCACUGCUUUUCCCCAAACUCGGCAUCCUCUUCUUCACUCUGACGGCGGUGGUGGAUCUGGGACUGGGAACACGCCAACGUAUGGGAGGUGUCUUGCUGGGAGUGAUGGGGGCCAUGGAAGUCCUGGCUCUGGUCCGGAUCGCUGGGAUCAUGGGUCUGUUCUUUGGAGGGCUGGGAGUAAUUUCAGCGUUCAUCAUGGGGGGGCUCAGUGGGUUUGGUUAUCGGGUUUUCAGAGGACUGGAUGGACUGGGACUACUGUCUGUGGUUGUGUCCAGUGGUCUGGGGGCUUCUAUGGGUGGACAUGGUUGGCUUUGUGCUUUGGUUAUUGGAAUCCUAGGGACAUUUGUUAUUCUCGUUGUGAGUGAACAUGACAGAGACGUGGGGGGUAAGAGAAAGCCAGCAGAGAUCCAUCCAGUGGCCCUUGCCAUCUUGGGGGCCCUGGGGGCUCUGGCUGCAGCUCUGGCUCUGGGCGACCUGGACUUUCUGGGGUCUCUGACUCUUGGGGGACUCGGUGGAGUUGCAGGUCAGGUUUUCAGGGAUCUGGAAAAGACACGGACAAAACAGAUUCAGGACGAUGCUAAUGUUGUCGUGCACGACAAGAACCCCGGAAAGAAAGAAGACAGAACAGACAACGGGAAAAGAAACAAAAGUAGCGAAGAUGACGUCAAGGAAAAGCUUCUGAAGGUUCUCCAUUACCUGAUCCUGUCCUCUGUGCUGUGGUUUUGGGGACCUGCUUUGGUGCUUCUCGUCCUGAAGUUUCUGGUCUUUGUGUUUGUUGAUCUGAUCGGACACAGUUCUAAAUCUGUCCUCACCGUUCUUCUCUUGGUCUUUGCGGCCGGAGGCGCUGUUACGGGAGUGUGUAUCUUAUAUCUGUAG